AGUAAAAGAACCGGAAUGCCCUCUGUGUGGACGUAGCCUUGCCCUUUCGUCGUCCUCUUCUUGCACCGACUUUUUUCACCUCCAAUUCCUAAAUUUGAUUUACCUUUCAAACCCUAAGUACGCCAAAAUUUGUUCCAAAUUUGAUGAACACAUCGAGAAGAUCUUUCGGAGUCAGAAUGUUUCGAUUCUUUGAUUUCUACAAUUAGGUUUCUCUUCGUUUCUUCUUCUGAUUUCGAAUUUAAUGCAUUUCUUCAUCAAGGAGUGACGAAGUUCUUAUUCGAGUCACUCUUAUUCGUGUUUUAUUGCAAUUUAUUUACUUCUUUUAUUUUCUUGAGCACACACACGUAAUGGCGUCGAGUUUGCGGCAAUGGGAAUCGGACCCUCUAUUCUCAGCAGCUGAAGUUGUUCAAGACUCUGCCGACAGGGCAGAGUCUAUAUUUCGCCUCCUUCUGCAUGAGCAAAGUCUUGUUCAAUAUGAGCCUCCUGAUCCAAAAUUGCUAACAUCAAUGGAGUAUCACCGACUUGAACUGAAAACCAUACUUGAGACGGCAAAAUGGCAGCUAGAAGAUUUUGAGAGAGCCGUUGGAGUUGCAGCUAUGAUGGAAACGUCUCAAACAAGGGAACAUGUAAUUACCAGACAUAUGCAGUUCAUUAGAGCAAUAAAGGAGCAAAUAAAUCACGUAGAGAAAAGCUUAGGUGAUCCCUUGAUGGGAGAUUCAGUUAGAAACUCUGAGUGGGUUAGCUUAAAUGAACAAGACAGCGAUGGAUUAGCAUUAUUUAUUACAGGAGGGAAUCCCACUGGCUUUUCAAAUCAUAAUGAACUGGAGGAUAGUAGCAUAUUAAGAAGAUUUCUUGAUCCUGCGGGUGGGAAUCCCACUACGUCUGGUUUGAAAGAUGACGAGAAUGUGGAGCAUGGAAAACAUGACAUUGAGAAGCUAAAUGGGAACAGGGAUUUUCAUGUGGACCAAUAUAAAGAUUCCAUCAAACAGAAUAAUUUAAGGAAGGUGGGUUCUCGUUAUUCGUCAAGAAUGAGCUUAGAUGCAUUAAAUUCUCUUUAUGAGAGCAAUUACAACCGACGUGGUGAGCAUGCCUGUUGGGAUCUCGAAGCCAAUGAAGCCAAACCUAAUGGCUUAUCUCAGGUGAGCAAGUUGAGAGGGAGUUCUAGCAGAUUGAACAUCCUUGGGUUUUUGAACAGGAAAUGGACCGCCUACGGAAGUAGAGCCCGGAACUACACAAAGAGGUUGAAAGAUGGGGAAGAACAAAGGCAUGUCCCAUCAUUCAGUGAUAUUUCUUAUGCUGCACCGGUUCAACAUAUAAUAUAUCGAUGGUUUCCAUGUCAUUUUGAAGUAAACUGGCAUUCGAUGAAAACCAUAUUGCUAAUAGUUUGUACGCUGAUUGUUUUGGUUAAACUGGUGUCUCGAGUCUUUUAGAAGUCUCUUGCAGUUUUGUCUCAGCACCAGCCUAGGAGGACAUCUCUGCAAAGUUCUAGCAAGGGUGGGAACAACUUAUGCUAGUUCCUGGACGGGUGACGCUAUCCAGUUGGCGGAUGUGAAUGUAUGUUUGAUUCUACUGGCUUAGACCUUCCUCUGCGUCUCACUUUAUCUGUAUUUUUCCAAGGAAUUGAGUGAACAAUUUGUUGAAUCUCGAUUAUACUCUGCUAGCAAUCUAAUGUAUCCGUGAGUUUGAGAUAAUCUGUGAAGUAUGAUGUUUCUGUGGUCGUCACUGAUGACUUUGUAAUGAUAUUGCGCAAUGGGAUUGUGGGAUUGUCAGAUUUACAGCUA